CCCGACAUUUGAAAUUAGGGCAGUCUCUCCUCUUCUAGGAUUUUCCAUCUCUCUCUCCGGCGAAUUUCACGGCGAUCUCUCUCCAACGAAUUCGAGUUUUUUGAGUGUUAUAGGGGGGUGGAUAUGGAUUUGGAGACAGAGAACAGAAUUGCGGCAAUUCUGUUGAAAGAGGCUGCAGAAUUGCGGCAGCAAGCAGAGUCAGAUGGUGCACUUUCUUAUCUUCAUCGGCCUAAUGUCAGGGGGAGACCAAAUUCACGGUUUUUAACAGCAACUGUUCUUGGAGUACAACAAGCUAACCGAGCUGUUGAAGUAAAUGAAAUGUGGAAGUUAAGGCAGAAAGAGGUGGAGCUUGAGAACAGGCUUAAAGGGAGGUUGGCAGAUAAGAACAGAGAUACAAAGUGUCAUAGCUCUAAUGUCUCCGAAAGGAGGUCACGUGAGAGAUGUGAUACUGAUUCAGGCACGAGUGGAUCAAAGAAAAGAGAGAUACAGGAUUCUCAUUCCAGUGAGGAUGAUGGCUUAAGAGAUGCUGAAAUUGAGGAAUUUUUACAGUCAAGGGUCAAGCGUGGCAGGGGAACUGUCGGGUCACGGAUGGAUGAAGCUGGCCCUUACCUUCCUUCUGGUCCGGAUCCUAGAGAAAGAGAGUCAGCAAGUCCUGAUAUGAAGCUAAGCAAAGGACGCGGAUAUCAUGUUGUCAUUGGUCCAGAGAAGCCCGUCUGGCUGAAUUCCCCUGGUUCUUCAGAAAAUGAAUCUCUGUCAGAAGAUACGACAAAGGUCCGGAAGAAGGCUAAAUCCAGUAAACACCACCACCAGUGUAGGAAACAUAGAUCAAAAAAGAAGUCCAAGGAUAAGGGGGAUAAAAGGAGGAGAGAGGAGAAAAGGGUCAAACGUCACAGAUAGAUAUUAUCACCUAAUCAGUGUAUAUUAACUUUUUCUCUUCCUUGUUGAUUCAGAGGUUCGUUCAGAUGUUAAACGUCAGAACUUUAUUCCUGCUUCGUGGAAGUUUCAUUGUUGUGUAAUUUUGUAUAUUUUGCUCAUUUCUCCUGUAAAGAUGACCUUUUGAACAAGUUUUACUCCAUUUUCACUGCACUGCAACAACUUCUCACCUCCACUUUAACGAAAUUUUAUGUAAGCUUCUUCAAGAAACAGGUGUCAGUGUAACUCGCAUAUUACAUCUUGUAUUGGAC